GCCAUGCUGAACGAUAGACUGGAUGAUUGAACCACCAGAGAUCUUGUGCAAAAUGGGAUGGACGUUGAAGAAGAGGGUUAACUAGCAGGAAAGUAGAACAGGUGAACUGAAAAUGAACAAAAAAAAAGGAGAAAAAAGAUGGAAAAACCAGGAGAUGAAAAAUAAAAGUGGACAUCCGGGGGGGAGAGAAUGAGGAAACAAUUUUUCCAAGAUGGCGGCAAAGUUUGAACAAGGAGGGAAUUUUCAAAUUGUUUUUCUUGUUGAUGUAUGCGUUAAAGAACAUAAUAUUUGCAACGAACACUUGGAGGAUGUUCACAGUAUUAAAUUGCGGGGUAUAUCGCGCUGUGUCUUACGUUUGUUACUGCAUUUUGACUCCGUUUUAAAGAGUGGAAACAGUACUCCUUUGAAAUGGGGUUUUAAAUUCUAUAACUCUAGUGUACUCAAUUUUGAGUACAAACGAAGUCGGUUUCACGAAUUAAGCAGUGAAUCCUUUGAGCAAUUUGAGGCAGAGCUGAGAACUCGGUUUAAAAGUGCUCGUGAUGGUCAAAGCUCGACGGCUGGUGUUACAAGUCUAUCUUGUUGUGUGAAGGAGAUUUUGCAAGAUUUUCCGUGGGUUACUCCAGACAUCAGUUCGCCAUCGAGGACUGCUAAGAAUGAACCCAUUUUUGGCCAUAAUCAAAAGUCAAGGAAUUAUUUAUUUGUCAUAGCGGAUUGCCCUUUAUCAGACACAGAUUUGGGUCAGUUUUUGAGCAGAGAUGACAACUCCUAUGAUGCACAGACUGUGUUCAAUGAAAUAUUUUCUGCUGCGUUGUAUGAGGAAUUCUACAACAAAUGUGGUUUAUCAUUGUUUUGGAUUGAUUCAGGUCUAUGGUGUCUGGCUCCUGAGAAAUUAAAGCAACAAAUUGAGGAUUGGAGAGGGCACUCGUUGAUGUCAUCUGUAACAAAACAGCUUAACGGAAACAUAAUUCCCAUCUCAAUGCUACAAAAUGGGGAAAAUAUUUGCAAUCUUGCUUUGGAGAAUGGUACAUCAACUCCAAAAGGCUUUGAAAACAGAGUUAAAACACUGGCUGAAGUUCAGGUCAUGGCAGCUGUUUUUAAAUGCUCGUUUGGGAAAAUUGUUCAGGCUUUUCUCGGUGGAAAAGACUUUAUUUGUAAGAGGGUCGUUAAUGAUGUCAGGUCAUUAGCAAAUGGGACUAAUGGAUUAUUGAGUGGAAUUUGUUAUUUUCGUGAAAGGAGAGUUUGUUCUGUCAUUCUCUCCUACAUACUUCAGAACAAGUUAACAUCUCAUCACAAACACAUCACAAAUGAAAUGUGCAAGAAAACUGUCUCUGAUCAGAAUUCAAGAGUGGCCCCAGAUUCUGAAAAAGCACCUAAUGUCACAUUCACAACUGAGACAAACAAUGAAACAAACACAGAAGUUCAAUGUGUAGAGAAUUGCUUUGUUAUCAAGGGUGUUCUUGCCAGUUCAGAUGUCUCAGCAUCUUGGAUGCAUCCAACAAUGUUAUACUCCUGUUUCAGUGGAGAAAACUGGAAUAAGAAAGAAAAUGAUAGCUUCAAGGCUCCUUUGUUUCACCAGAUGUUAGCUCUGACUAGUCAUAAAUCUCUCUGCAUGGUUUUGGAGUAUCUUGAACCAACAUUGGGUACGCUUGUCACUGGAAUACUUCAACCAGUCACCACACUCUGUGCAAUACUGAGUACAAUCGAGAAGGACAAGCUGCUAUUGGUUGAGAAAGCCAUGUUACGUCAUAGGUCACGUUGUGGGUAUAUACUGGCACCAUGUGACGUCACAUCAGAUAAGAUGUUGCCAUUUGAACUACAAGAAGGUGAAAAGGUUGAUGAUGAUUUUGGUAAAGAUAAUGGUGGUUGUAUGCUGGCUGAAGAAAAAGGCGGGAAAACGAGCGUAAUCGAUUCGUAUAUUUGUGGCUUCCAAAAGAGGAAUUUGAAAGAACGAGGUCAAGGUAUAGGUUUGCGCAAAAAACUCAAAGAUUAUUACUCCAGGAAGAAAUCCGAAUUAAACAGCGAGAAGCAUGUAGAACUUCAGGCGAUGACGAGGGGACGAUUGUGUCAAGAGACAGCCUCACAGAGGAUCAAGGCUGCGCAAAUAAACGAAACUUCAUCUCAGAAUAACAAACUAGAGAGUACAAUGAAGACUGAUGAUCCAACUGAAGUGACAUCGAAUUUUGACUCGGAGAAAAUGGACGAAGAUCUCCCAGAUCUGUCAGGUAUUAAAAGUAUUGACGAUCUAAAAGCCAACUUGGAAGAAGGUUACAAAAAGUGUCUUCAAGAGGAACAAUCUCUCACCGUUUAUACAAGCCGUGUUUUUCAAAUGAUUGAACACUUCAAACGAGCUGGACAACUCAAAGAUCUGCAAGAGAUCGAUGCUAUUUUGAAGUCCUCCGUGCUACGUGAUGCUAAAAAUCUACGCGAAUUUUCCGAAUCUGAGGAAAGCGAAUUGUACAAGGAAAAGAUUGUCCUGGAAUAUAAAUUACAAGUGUUUCUUCGUUUGGAAUUUGCCGAUAAAUUUGGCGUCGAGGAUGAAGAAAAAGCUGCUGACGAGGUUACUUCAAUGCUUCGUGCGAUUUCGUUUCAAAAGGAUCCAGCUUAUCUUAGUUCAUUCUUAAAGAAAAGCAUCAUUCCACGAUAUGCUGGCAAUCUCUCCAGUCUUCUCUGCCUUGUUUACGAUCAUGGUUUGAUGCAGCGACCACCAAACGAGAUUCUCUCUCCAUCACAAGUCACCAGUGAUGAGGAAACGCCUCUUAAAUCACGCAAAGAUCUGUCCUCAAGUAAAAAGGCCGAAAGUGUGGAAGAAAUGCAUUCUGAAAGUUCUCAGAGUUCUCGUGUGAUGGUACGAAGGAACAGUGUCAUGGCGGUUCCCGCCAAAAGGCGCGAGAUCGUCAUCCCGAUGAAAGGGAAGGCAGACAAGGGUCGUAGGAAGGCAAACAGCGCUGGAAAGAGAAGCGGAAAGAAACGAUCUUCUUCAGGGAAGAAACCAGUCACACCAGUCAAAAAAGUUCGUCGAAAUCUCUUCGUUGGCAACGAGAGGAGGUCAUCGCCCAGGAAAAACUCGAAGGCCAGCUCUUCGACAUCAGAACGAGGCAAUCUCACGCGACGUCACACGAUUUCAGCGUUUUCCAGUAAAGAGAAAGUUGCUGACACUCCAGUGUGUAAACAGGUCUCUCAGCGUAUGUUACGUCGCCAGGAGUGGGCAAGACUUCGAACAAAGACUGUCACUGAUGUGACUGUUGUAGAGGAAUCUCCUGACAAGGAUCACGCCACUCUUCCACGAAGAAGUCCUCGUUUAAAGGCAGCGACGUUUUAUUCGGCUUCUCAAACGGCGCUAUCAACAACUACAAUGAAAUCAAGCGACAAACUGACUCAAUCAACUUCAGCCGAAGUCGCGUCUGAUAAAAACACAAACUUUGUGGGUGAAAACAGAGGCGGUAGAACUCUCUAUAGAGCCAGAAGUAUGAACAGCAAGUUGGGUCUUGCUUCUGUUGCCAGUCCUGGAAAGAAAUUCACGAGAACUUUGAGUAUCAAUGAAUCAUCAUCUUCGAAACUCGCCAAAGAAGAUUCCUUCACCGAGGUCUUUUUGCAGACUGAUGAUAAAAAUGAAGGCACCAUUCUCUCCGUUUGCUCUUCUGAUAAGCAACAGAAUUCCACAUCCAGUCGAAAUGUAGUCACCGUGGACUCCAAGGAUUCCUGUGAUGACCCAAAAUUACCCCUUAGUACUACAAAAAAACACAAUAUAUCAACUGAUAGUCCUUCCAAACCUACUUCACCAACCUUUACAUCAGUUCACUCGAAAAGAUCCUUGUCUCGAAGAUCGAACUCGUCACCCUCAUUAUCAACUACUCCACCGUUAAAACCCUCAAAAUCCCCGCUCAUUAACUAUAAAUCGUUUCCAACAACUUCACCUGUUUUAUUUAAGACUCCAAGAAAAACACCGAAAUCAUCUCCCGUCAACUUCAGCCCGGAUCAAAUAUUUGAUAUUUCAAUUCCACUCACGCCCGUAAAGAGCUCGCAUAUUAAACCAAGAAAAACAGAUACAGCAAAAGAUUCUAAAAAGACACUCGACACGGUGACGAGGUCACCAUCGGAAUGUGUCGAUCCAACUUCGGAACGUGUAAACGAUUUGACUACUAUCACGAGGAAUUCGGAAACUGUCGGUGAAAGCUCGGAAAGUGUCGUUAAUGCUUCGCCAGUUUUCAGUCGGAAACGAUCUUUGAUAUCAAGUGCGAAGUCUUUCAGGUCAAAAACAUCUCUGAAUUUUGAGAGUUGUAGCACUAUAAUUGAUAUGGGUGACUUUGACGUAACAACAAAUGACGUCAUAGAUCAACUUGAUAAGUCUGUGCCUUUUGUACAGACUGAGGUGUUUAAGAGCCCGGUUACGACAAAACGGAAGAAAACUGCUUCAGUAGGAACAGGAAGGAUCAGUCCUUUGAAUCAGAUUUUGAAGCAACGAAAAAAUCAUAGAAAUACCUCUCCUGCAGGGACACCUCGAGGUGAAUUAAUGAAUAAACUUGACGUGGAUACAAGCUCUGUGAAUUCUUGUAAAGAAAAUGAACAAACGUCAAAUCGCAAAGCGAUAAAACGAAAAAUAAUAUCAGAUGACAGCAAUAUUGAAGGCACAACUGAUAACAAACAAUCAUCUCCACUCAUCACCGAAGAUGACAUGUCUCCAGAUAAGAUAAUCUUGACUUCCCCGAGUCAUGAAAAGAAAACUACAAAAUUUCUUGCAUCGCCUUGUAAUUUACGUCCACAUUUCACUCCCAUGUCAUUGUCAGCUGAUAGUCUGAAACAUUUGCAAGAGUCGCCUGUUCUACUGGGGACUAGUCCCAAGGCUACUGACACACGGGCUAGGAAAUGGUCGGAACGUAAAUCGCCCUUGACUGCAUCCCAGACUUCCUUGCGCAAGCGUUUACGUCACGAUUCAUAGUUUCAGAAAGUGUAUUUUUUUGUGCAUAUAAAAAUUGUUAUA